GCGGUGGACAGUUUCCAUUGAUUGUGCCGGAUAAAAGUGUACACGUCAAAUCGUCCAUCAUGCAAGCAAUAUGGUGGAUUGCCAGUGCUUUAUUGUUGAAUGUUGUGAAGGCGAACAGUGUCGACAGGACUUUGGUGCCAAAAGCGAACGGUCCCAGCGUGGUUGAAGCUGUCGUCGAUAAAAUUCGAGGUUCCUGUAUAUUUGAUAAUGACAGACUUUUCGUCAGAAGAAUGGCCUACGUAGAAUCGAAAGAUGGUUUCGACCACAGCACUUUCCGACCGAAUUUCUUCGGAGGAAUAUGGCAGAUCACCGAAAAGCAGUACAAUGCCGUAAGACGUUGCAGCGGCGUGUUGGCUGCACCGUGCCAAAAGAUUCAGCAAACAUUCAACAUCAACUGGUCACAGACCAAAUGGUCGGAUCUGAUGAAACCUUUGUAUUCCGGUUUAGCGACUUACCUGUACCUGCAACUGCGCGGCAAACCCAUUGCCGGGGAUGCGGCCAGCCAAGAAAGCAUCUGGCAACAUUACUUCCAUCCAGGGGUCACCAAUAACAACAACAAGUUCAAAGAAGCAGCGAAUCGAGUGUCAGUCAGCUGUGAGAAGCCGACGGAUCUUGUAUUUCUUCUGGAUGAAUCGGGAAGUGUUGGACAAGCCAACUACAACAAAGUGAAGCAGUUUCUGGAGAAGUCCAUCAACCGGCUGCCAAUAUCUCCCGGCCAGUUCCGGGUGUCUGUUACCACUUUUAGUAGCACAGCCAAAGUGCUCUUUUACUUGAAUGCUUUCACCAGCAAAAGUCAAAUGAUUCAGAAGAUCCGGACCAUGGGCUACGAUAGCGGAGGCACAGAUACGGCCGCUGGAAUCAACACUGUCGUCAACAAUGUUUUCAACCCGAGUAAUGGUGCCAAACCCAAGAAGGAUGCCCCCAGGGUUUUGGUUCUUGUAACAGAUGGUCAAUCAAAUAACCGGGCUCAGACAGUGGCAGCUGCCAAUAUCGCCAAACAACAGGGAAUUGAAAUCUUUUCUGUCGGAGUCGGCAGUAAUGUGGAUCGAACCGAACUGUUACAGGUGGCGGGAACGUGCAGUCGAGUUUUCUCCCUUGCUACGUUCGACGACAUGGACAACUUCCUUCACGAGUUGAUCAAGAAUGCUUGCGGCGCUAAAUCUACAAUUGAAAUUCCUGAUAUUCCGAGUAAUUCCACGAACUCAACUAUAAAAGAGACGGAAAUUAAGAGAAAGGUUCCAGAUAAUGGUACACACAUUGGUAUCAAAGUGACACCGAAGGGCAACGGAACAACAAUUGUGGUUGAAACUAAUUGUUCAGUGGUCAGAAUUUUCGGAUCGUAUAACGAUUCGAACCCAAGCGAAUCAGUGUUCGAGAUUACAGGAACUGCUGCUGAUGGCCGGCCCAUGGUGCUUUUCGUAAAGGCCGACAAAAACGGUCGACCCCUCUACCUGACGUUCGAAGCGAGCAAAGUGAACACCUCCCAACAAUUUUGUUUCAACGAAAGCAAUUUCCAUGUGAAGUUCCAUAAAGGAGAACCGAAAGUUGCCGAAGUCGUCUGCAUUGAAAACGGCGUGAUUCGAAACUGUACCGUUGUGGAUAUAAUUACGAGCAAAUGGUCAGAUAAACUCUGUCCACCGACAGACGUCAUAGUUGGAAGCAGCAACCCUUGUACCCCAGACAAGCUAAGAAACAAGGAACUGGUAUUUCCUUACCCCCAUGACAACACCAAAUAUCUCAAGUGUGACUUAAAGGGAAGAGUUUACGUAAUUACCUGUCCACCUGGCCUUCACUACCAUCCAAUCAGGCAGAACUGCGGUUUCGACCAUGUUACCAACCCGAAGAAAAUCAUGUCGCCAAAACAUUCCAAUCUUUGCACUUACGACAACAUCAGGCAAAACCUUUGGUUCUUCCCUUAUCCUGCCAACAAGCUUUUCUUCGUUGAGUGUGAUGUGUGGGGCCGUGCCUGGGUCGUACCUUGUCCACCAAAAACAGAAUGGAUGACAUCUGCUUCGCGCUGUGUCUCCAACGUAAAGACGACACCAAGCUCUUUACUAAACCCAUGCCGUCCCAAGGAAAUUGCCAAAGGAAUAGUUUAUUAUCCUUAUCCGCAUAAUUCUCAUCGAUACAUCCACUGCGAUGACAACGCUAAUCCAUGGGUGCAGUUCUGUCCUCCCAACAAAGUUUUUGACAUGGCAUCAAAAACAUGCGUCUCAUCUGGAAGCGCAUAAAAAGGUAGAUUUCGGCUUUCAAAUCAGUCUCCAAACUUGUACAGAGACAGGAAAAUAUUAGCCAGGGCGACAAACCUUGCUCAACUGAUUUCCUACUUUUCCGCAUUUUAAGUGUUGCUCUUUUUAUAUCUCAUAGUAACAGCAUCGAUUAUUUGCGUUAUAAUAAUAUUCAUUAGUAAUAAUUGUUAUUUUUUACAUUUACUUUUGUAGAAUCUCUAUUAUCUCUCUUUUUGAUAUCCAUUAUUAUUAUUAUUACUAUUAUUAUUAUUAUUAUUAUUAUUAUUAUUAUUAUUAUUAUUAUUAUUAUUAUCACCA